AUGGCAACUCAACUAGUCUCCCUGCCGGACGUCGAAAGAUUGAGUCCUACCGUAAUUCGGAUCCUUGGUGGAAAUCCAGGAAAGGUGAGGAUUUUGAAAGGGGAUCACAUGGGGCAUUGUCAGCUGAUAUCAAAUAGUUUACUUUGCAGGGUACAUAAACGAUCUGAAGAGUAUGGAAUAGGUAGUUCAUAUUUCUAAUGAGGGUGUAGGGACGAAUACAUAUCUUGUCGGGAAGGGGAAAAAUCGAUUGUUGAUUGAUACGGGGGAAGGAAGGGAGAGUUGGAUUAGGAAUUUAAAGGAUACUUUGGAGAAAGAGCAAGCUACGAUUAGCUCUUGUAUUCUCACGCAUUGGUGAGGGCUUAUCCGCGUUAUGAAUUGCACUUCGACCACUAAUUAAAGAUUUAGGCACCAUGAUCAUGUGAAGGGAGUUGACCACUUAUUAGAGUACUCGCCGAAAACCAUCAUCCACAAAAAUCGUCCGGGUGAGGGACAAACAGAUAUAAAAGAUGGUCAAAUAUUUUCAACCGACGGCGCAACUCUCCGUGCAGUUCAUUCGCCCGGUCAUACCCAAGAUCACAUGGCAUUAAUAUUCGAGGAAGAAGAUGCCAUGUUCACCGGAGAUAAUGUCUUGGGGCAUGGUACCGCAGUCUUUGAAGACCUGACGACUUACUUGAACAGCCUUGAAAGAAUGAAGGGCAUCUUUAGUGGUAAAGCAUAUCCAGGACAUGGAGCAGUGAUAGAAGAUGGACCUGCUAAAAUCGGAGAGUAUAUCAGACACAGAAAGGAAAGGGAGUCCCAGGUUAUCCAGGUGUUGAAGUCUGCAAAGAAUAGACCUGGAGUCACUAUUACCAGGGAUGAAGAAGCUGAUGAAUGGACCUCGAUGGAGAUUGUGAAGAUUGUAUAUAGGGAUGUACCCGAGAGCCUUCACGUACCAGCGAAUGGUGGCAUUUUACAGAUAUUAAACAAGUUGCAAGCGGAUGAGAAAGUGGUCCAGGAGCAAGAUAGAUGGAAAUUAAAGGCGCGAGCCGCUCUUUGAAUGUACCUGAUUCUUCUAUCAUGGAAAUAAGAUA